AUGCGAUGCUUCAGGGCGGCGCUGAAGGAGACGCUGGAGGCACAGAAGUACAGGAAACGCACACACGGCGUAGAUAGCAUAGGCUUAGGCACUGUGGAGGUGGAUCCCAGUGUGGCCGAAGCCGCUGCAAAGAAAAAACUGGCCGAGGAGAAUGCGCCCAGAUCCGGGCUGGUUGUUCCCAAGAAGUAA